AUGUUCAAAUUUGUUGUACUCUGUGCCCUGAUUGCCAGUGCCGCUGCUACCAGUGAUGAUGCCAAUGCCGAAGUAACCCGUUUCACAGCCGAUGUCCAUGAACAUGGUUUCCAAUAUGCCUUCGACACCACCAAUGCCAUUCAUGCUGCCGCCACAGGUGGUGCCGAUGGUGAUCACCAGGGAGACUUUGCAUGGAUCUCUCCUGAGGGUGAACACGUCGCAGUGCAAUACGUGGCCGAUGAGAAUGGUUAUCAACCCGACAGCGCCUUGUUGCCUACUCCCCCACCAAUUCCAGAUGCCAUCUUGAAGGCUUUGGAAUACAUUCGCACCCAUCCUCAGCAGGAGGAAAAACCCGCAUUCAAAGCAGCUCCUGCCAGGAGAGGUUAG